CAGUGACGUACUUCCACUUUGCUAGGCGCGCGGUUCCCGGUCUGAAAAGCAGAACGCGGAUUUGGCUAGGGCCUCGCGUCCCCGCAGCCCGGCAUGGCCUCUUCACGAGCCUCCUCCACGACAACUAAGACUAAAGCGCCUGACGACUUAGUUGCACCUGUUGUGAAGAAACCACACAUCUACUAUGGAAGCUUGGAAGAGAAAGAGCGGGAACGCCUGGCCAAAGGAGAGUCUGGGAUUUUGGGAAAAGAAGGACUCAAAGCCGGCAUUGAAGCAGGAAAUAUUAAUAUAACAUCUGGAGAAGUAUUUGAGAUUGAAGAGCACAUCAGUGAGCGGCAGGCGGAAGUCUUGGCAGAGUUUGAAAGAAGAAAGCGAGCCCGGCAAAUCAAUGUUUCCACAGAUGACUCGGAGGUCAAGGCUUGCCUCAGAGCCUUGGGAGAACCUAUCACGCUUUUUGGAGAGGGCCCUGCUGAACGAAGAGAAAGGUUAAGAAAUAUUCUCUCAGUGGUCGGGACUGAUGCCUUAAAAAAGACAAAAAAGGAUGAUGAAAAAUCUAAAAAGUCAAAAGAAGAGUACCAGCAGACCUGGUACCACGAAGGGCCAAAUAGCCUGAAGGUGGCCAGACUGUGGAUUGCUAAUUAUUCACUCCCCAGGGCAAUGAAACGCUUGGAGGAGGCCCGUCUCCAUAAGGAGAUUCCUGAGACAACCAGAACCUCCCAGAUGCAGGAGCUGCACAAGUCUCUCCGGUCUUUGAAUAAUUUCUGCAGUCAGAUUGGCGAUGACCGGCCGAUCUCCUACUGUCACUUCAGCCCCAACUCUAAAAUGCUAGCAACGGCUUGUUGGAGUGGGCUCUGCAAGCUCUGGUCUGUCCCUGACUGCAGCCUCCUUCACACUCUGCGAGGCCAUAACACAAAUGUAGGAGCAAUUGUAUUCCAUCCCAAAUCCACUGUCUCAUUGGACCAAAAAGACGUCAACCUGGCCUCUUGUGCUGCUGAUGGUUCUGUGAAGCUUUGGAGUCUUGACAGUGAUGAACCAGUGGCAGAUAUUGAAGGCCAUACAGUGCGUGUGGCUCGGGUAAUGUGGCAUCCAUCAGGGCGUUUCCUGGGCACAACCUGUUAUGACCGUUCAUGGCGCUUAUGGGAUUUAGAGGCUCAAGAAGAGAUCCUGCACCAGGAAGGCCACAGCAUGGGUGUGUAUGACAUUGCCUUCCAUCAAGAUGGCUCUUUGGCUGGCACUGGGGGACUGGAUGCAUUUGGCCGAGUUUGGGACCUACGCACAGGACGCUGCAUUAUGUUCCUAGAAGGCCACCUGAAGGAAAUCUACGGGAUAAAUUUCUCCCCCAAUGGCUACCACAUUGCCACUGGCAGUGGUGACAACACCUGCAAAGUGUGGGACCUCCGGCAACGACGCUGUGUCUACACCAUCCCUGCCCAUCAGAACUUAGUGACCGGAGUCAAGUUUGAGCCUAUCCAUGGAGCCUUCUUGCUCACAGGUGCCUAUGACAACACAGCCAAGAUCUGGACUCACCCAGGCUGGUCCCCACUGAAGACUCUGGCCGGUCAUGAGGGCAAAGUGAUGGGCCUGGACAUUUCUUCUGAUGGUCAACUCAUAGCCACUUGCUCGUAUGACAGAACCUUCAAGCUCUGGAUGGCAGAGUAGGAAAGACCAGGGGAGAACUCAGACACGUGUUCUCACUAAGGAGCUAUUUUCCUCAAAGGAAAAGAAUUGUGUUCUAUCAUGUUUCCUGCCAAAUACCAUGUGUAGGAUUGGAUUUUCACGUCAGCCCCACUUCUGAGUAAGCCAGUCUUUAGGUGAUGGCAAGCCCUUCGUGGUUAGAACGGAAUUCUCAUCUCAGGUUCUGCCGUAAACUGUAGACAUUGUGUAGACUCAACACUUUUUUCAGUGCCCUCCCUCCUCCCUCACACUCAGGAUUGUGACCGUUCUUUCAUUUUUAAUUGUUUUUUUUAAUUUGGCAUUUUGAGACAGAGUCUGUAUGUAUAUCCCUGACUGUCCUGGACCUUGGUGUAUAUGUCAGGAAGCCUCACUUUGUAAGUGAUCCUCCUGUCCCUGCCUUUCAAGUGAUGGCAUUAUGGAAAUGUGCUGCUGUACCUGGCAGUUGUAUUUUCAAUGCUUGAACUUGGCUCUCUGUAACAUGGUAUGUGCUUGGGACUACGUGUGAUUCAGCAAGCACGAUCGCUGGGCUGCAUUUGAAAUGUCCCCAGUUACGUACGAGGGCAUGUCGCUGCCAUUCCGUUGAGCAGGGCCUGGCGGCAAGCUCCUUUCCUGCCCCAAGAAUGAUCCGGGAGUCACAGGCUGCAGCUGUGUGAUGGCUCUGCAGUAAAGAAGAUUUCCCUCUUCUGUGGCAUUCAGAGGAGGUUCACUGCAUCAGGAACUCGGAACUGCACGCUUGGCCUUGUUAGUUAGAGCCUCUUCCUUUUGGCUUUGAAGUUUGGCAUCCUUCAUGAUAAAACAAUCUGGCCAUUGUAUCCAGAUUCAAAGGAGUUUUUAAAAACAAACAUGAUGUCUGUGUUGUACAACUUCCUUCCUGUUGGUUAUUUAAAGGGUGUAUUUUAUGUAUUAAAAACACUUCAUGUCAAAGUAACUGGUAAAAAUCCUAAUUUAUGUUUGGGUGUUACCAAACAUAAACUCCUUUUAUUCUAUACACACACACACACACACACACACAGAUACUUGCUGAGAGUAAAAUCUUUGCUGAGAGUAUAAAAACUCUUUCAAAGGAUUAUUUUCUAAUUCAUCAUUUUAUGAACCUAACCAUUAGUCAAAGAAAUCUAUUUCUUUAGUUUUGAGAUCUAAUGUAAUUCUAGGCCUAUGAGUUGUUCCAAUUUCUGUUACUUUAUUCAGAUGUUUAUAGUGUUUUUUUCCCCCGGGGGUGGGGGGAGGUAGGUUUUUGUGAGACAGGAUCUUGCUGUGUAGCUCAGAUUGGCCUCAGACUCUUAAUCCUCCUGCCUCUGCAUCUCAAGUCCUGUAAAUUGCAGGUGCAAGCCAUCACAUCCAGGCAAUAGCAGCUACUUUACCAGGGUUGUCGGCCUAGGAGCGCUAGGUUGUCAGGUGUGUCUGGGCUCUAUUGUUCUUCCUCGUCAGUCAGUGAUUGGCUUUGCCUUCUCGCUGCAGGUAUAUGUCCUCUACACUCCAGACUUGCACAGUUAAUCCUCACAAAAUAGUAAUUUCAAAGAAGGUUGUGUAUAAUGUAAAAUUAGCUCCUCUCCAGUAUUAGAAAUUUACCCUCCACCAGCUUCCUGGUCUGCCCUGCUCUUCUAUAGAUCAUGGAUAUGUGGUUCAUAAUGAAACAUUUGGGGAUGGGGUGGUGUCAAAACAGGAUUUCUCUGCAGUCCUGGCUGUCUUAGAAUUCACUGUAGACCAGGCUGGCCUCAAACUCAGAUCUGCCUGCCUCUGCCUCACCACGCCCAGCUAACCAUCUGAUUCCAGUCAUAGCCAGGUAUAUUCCCUGUGUGGGUGUUAGGCCUCUCAGGCCUCCCCUGCAUUUGGCACUUAACCACCCCUUAACCUGUUCUAGUUUCAUUAUCGUGUGCUACAAAAGUACCUUUGUCUUGAUUUCUUGCUGUGUUUGUAGAACGUUGAGACUGAUGUAGUACCCUGCAUUCAGGAUCUGGCACACCACCAGGUUUUGGUUUGUCUGGUCUAAACCUUACUAGGAACUUAAUGUUUGGUUGAUCCAAGAGAGUAUUUGAGCGAGUUGGAAGUGUUCCAUGUACACCUUAGGCAGAACAAGUGUCUGGGGAAAUAAUCCAUUUCUUCAACCAUUGUGAGAAAAUAGUGGGUUCUGAAUGGCAAGAGCCACUGUCGCUCAGCCCUACCUAGGUGGUGCAUCCGGUACAGGAAGACAGCUAGCUCAUUCUUUUAAGAUUGAAUUUCCCAGCUGUAACGGUGGAGUCAUGUGAGCCUGUGUGAAGCAGCUUUAUGUUGGCCGUUGUCAAGACCAGGACCAGGCAUGUGGCCCGGCUGCAGCUAGUCAGCAUUUCCACCUGUGGAUGUCAUAGACAAAUCACUGUCUGGCUUCAUGAACAGUGGACUUUUUCCACUCCUGUGUCUUGACUUGGAGCCUGUUGUUGCUGCUUAACAGAUUUGAAUGUUAGGAUAGUGAUACUUCUUAGGCACAGUGGCAGGUCUCCGUCCCUAGCCCAAGCACACCUGCUGAAGGCACUGCCAGUGUGUUUCUAGAUGCCCUGUAAGUGGAUGAGACUGCUAGGCCUUGAUUUGGAAAUGUCCCCAGCACUGUUGUGCCAUUAAACCCUCAGGAUGUAGGACCUGGAUGGAGCAGAUAAGUCACCAACAAAGAGUUAUUGAGAGUUAUUAGCCCAGCUUCUAUCUGCAGCUGCCCUCUGCUUCCUGGUGUGCUGUGAUGCGGGCAUCUGCCCCAGGCUCUCCCUGUGCUCUGGACCCUCUGAAACCAUGAGCCCCAGUCAACCUCCCCUCCGGACGUCUCUAACAGGUAUUGUGGUCACAGUGACAUAAAAGUGACUAACACUGCCCCAAGGUUAGAACUAACAAAUAGAAAACAGGAGCUAAGAUCCUAACUAUCUAUCUCAAAAAAGAAAAAAAAAAUCUGUUCAGUGUAACAAACUACUAGUUUGGUAUCCCCACCAUCCUAAGAAUGUAAGUUGUAUUCUUUGAGAAAGGACUCAAAGGAUAACCCUCAAAGGAUAACCCUGGGCUGAGCCUCGGCUCCAUCAUCUGCUUCCUUGGACCAGGGGCUCUGGAGGAGGAGAAAUGCUCCUUCUUGGGCUUUUACCGGUUCUUCUCUGCCCCUGUCCCUCUUAAUUCAUAGACUAUAGAGAGAUUGUUUCCAGACGUACUUGCUACAAAGCUAAGCAAAAAUGUGUAGAGAAGUGAAGUCAGUGGGAAAUGUGAGAUGUUCACUAUCAGUGCAAUUACCUGAUGAGGUCAAUGGAGACACAGUUGAGUCUCAGGAGGAACUGUGGGUACCUUUCCAGUUUCGUAAUGGAGAAAUCUCCAUGUUGGAGCUUAAAACUGUCUGGUUUUACUAAAUCAAAAUAUAGCUUAUAUAUUUUAUAAUAUCUUACUCCUUUGUACCUCUAAGGAAGUUGUAAAUAAAUGAUACUUCUGUGAAAAUAUUAUUUAGAGCAAAUAAAACUGACUCAAGUUCUGA